AUGUGGGUAGUACUUUCAAAAGAAAAAAUAUUACUGAAGAAGGCAUACUACGCCAAGACUAUUUUAUUCUCAGCACUUGUCCUACGUGGGGUUAGAGGCGAGUAA